AUGUCGGAUCAUGUCGUUUAUGGGAAGCCGUUGAUGGUGACUGAGGAAAAGCUGCGUGAGGCUCGUGUGAAGCAAAUGAAGCAAAAGGCCUUAAGAGAUGCCCUAGACGGACAAGUAGCACAAGGUAAACGACAUAUGCUCAAUAAUGACGUUUUUGACACGAGGAAUAAUGCGGUGAAAAGAGAUGCAGUGCAGAAACAAUAUAUGUUUAGUUGUGAAGACGGUUGUGGUAAAUUUAUCCAGGUGAGUGAUAGCUGCGAGCUGCGUGAGCAUCCAGCCCAAACAGUACUCAGUACAUCUACGGCUGGCAAUGCACAUAAUAAUAACGCUGCAAUGUGGAACGUAGUGCCUGGUCAUAGCAAACCAUUGGAUUUUAUUUCCGACAAUCAGCCAUUGUAUCAGUCAAAUUCCUUGCCGCCAAACUUCUCAAUGAACACUUCAGAAGCAAACCCCUUAGCACCAAAACGAACCGAAUAUAAUAGUAACUCUCUUCCUCUGGACUUUGUGUGCAGUAGUAAAAAACAAAACGGUGGUUUUAACAAAGUAUCACCGAGAGCACGUGAGUCACUUCCGAGAGGGGUGUCCCCUAAACAUAGUCCGAGAUCUGUGAAGAUGGUAAAGGAACAGAACUAUACAACGAAUUAUCUUCCAUGCAACUUUAGUUCAGAGGACGUGAAGAAGCUGUUACAUGAGUUAAAGACCUCGACGCAUACAUCGCCGCCGCCGCCGCAGUCACCCGUUGCGAGUCCAGGAAUUAGAAGACGACAUGCUAAUGUGGCUCCUCCUUUGCACUCUCGACCAAAUCCACAUCAGAAGCAGCAUGUUGGCUACCUUCCCCCGUUAGAUGUUGCAGACGGAUUGGUCGGCAGGCGAACAUCUGGUGAACCUCCGCCACCACUUGAAUUGUUCGGUUCACCUCCACGUGAAGUUUUAGGCGCUCAAGCCCAGAACGGGAAGAGUUUAGGACACCCGAGGUUGAAGCAGUUAUCAGCACCGCGAGGACCUUCGAAUGAUGCGCGUGGACGACCCUCAGCGGGUAUAGUGGAACCUCGCAAUGGUCACAAACGAGCAAUCGAGAAUACGGUGGAACAGCUACAAAAAAAGCUGGAGUCCCGCGACUUUCAAAUGGCAAUAAUGCGAGAGAAGGAAAAGAAUUGGGAGGAACAGGUAAAACAACUAAAAAUGGAAUUAAAGAGUGCCAAGAAAAAGCAACGAGAUUUGAAUAAACUUGUGAAGGAAGGGCCAAUAAGGGCAGAGACGGCGCCCGAUCAGCCUUUCAUUCGCACGCCUAAGCAGGGUUUUCAUGGAGCACCUUUAAGGAAGGGCCUUGGAGCUCCAUCAGCCCCUGGGCUGGGGGGAAAAGAAAAAUUCGUCAAGGGUUGUAUUUUCACCAAAGAAAUGUUUUGUCCUAUAAGUGUACCGUCAGAUAAUGUUUCAACAUCAUUUGUUCCUCAGCAACAAAAUCGUGUGCCAUUUAUGCAGGACUCCUUUAAAUGUGCCUCUGCCUUGACGCGAAAAACGGCCUUUGGAUUAGCCGAAGAAAACGCCAACCGUCCUGUACCCAUAGAAUAUGAGCACCUUCUGCAAUUUGUGAAGGAGCAUAUAAUCACGCAGCAACAGGCGGAUGAGUUGUGGCGGCUAUUUAGUAAUGAGAAUUCACCACUUACACUCAUUCGCCAACAGGCUUCAAAUGUCAAUCUUCCGGGUGAGGUGGAGACCACCAGUAUGGACAGCAAUUUUGUUUUGGAGAAUGAAAUGGAAGAAUUCAGCUAUGAUGAUGAUGACACGGAACAGAAGAAAAUUGAGGUGGAGGAAGAAGACGGCACAGAAGCACAUGAUGAUGUAGGAGAGGAAGUAGUUUACAGCAAUGGCUAUGAUAAUGAGGAAAUUGAAACCGAAUAUGAUACCUUCGAGACGUUUGCAGAACUUCACCAGGAAGAGUAUCUAUCUGAGGAGGAGAUGGAUGAUGAAUAA